AAUCAAAUCCCCCCAUUUCCAAGUGGGCGUGGCAAACACGCAGCUACCAGACACCGAAGCUAACCCGAAUAAACAACUAAGUUAGCUUGAGAGACAGCUAGCAAUAUCUGACAUGGCGUCGUUACAGGCGACAGAAGCAGCAGUAUGCCCGGUAGUAAUACCAGCAGCAGCAGCAGCAGUAGAGUCCAUAGUGCCCGCUUGUAUGUUUGCACCAGACCAGGGAUGUGUCGACGACCCAGCCGGCGGAGAGGGCUCUGAAGACGGGGACGGCACCAACGGAGAGCCCGGGGAUCAUCUAGACCUCAGCAGCAAGAUGGUCCUCGUGAGUCCAACAGGGGAGCAGUAUGAUUCAUUACUGAGGCACCUGAGGGAGCUGAUAGAUGAGGGCUGUGGAGAGACAAUCUAUGUGGUUGGGAUGGGCUCAGACGGCGGUGACUAUGGUUUGGACGACAAGGACAUGGAGGCGUCAGUGGCCACCGUGAGGUCGCUGUGUGAGCAGAUCGAGGCUGACCUGAUCCUUCUUAGGGAGAGGACAGACACCGGCGGAAAGCUUCAGGACUACCUCAUCCGCAGGCGUGUGGGGGAGCAGGACUUCCUGGAAGUCAGGGUGGCGGUUGUGGGGAACGUGGAUGCAGGCAAGAGCACUCUGCUGGGGGUACUGACCCACGGGGAGCUGGACAAUGGCAGAGGCUUCGCUCGCCAGAAGCUGUUCAGACACAAACAUGAGAUGGAGAGCGGCAGGACCAGCAGCGUGGGCAAUGACAUCCUGGGUUUUGACCAGGAGGGACAGGUUGUGAACAAGCCGGACAGCCACGGCGGCGGUCUAGACUGGACUAAGAUCUGUGAGAAAUCCUCAAAAGUCAUCACCUUCAUCGACCUGGCUGGCCACGAGAAGUACCUCAAGACCACCGUAUUCGGCAUGACGGGGCACCUGCCUGACUUCUGCAUGCUCAUGGUCGGCAGUAACGCUGGCAUCGUUGGCAUGACCAAAGAGCAUCUGGGUCUGGCGCUGGCCCUCAACGUGCCGGUGUUUGUGGUGGUUACAAAGAUAGACAUGUGUCCAGCUAACAUCCUGCAAGAGACGCUAAAAUUGUUACAAAGGUUAUUGAAGUCGCCGGGCUGCAGGAAAAUCCCCGUGUUGGUCCAGAACAAGGAUGAUGUCAUCGUCACAGCCUCCAACUUCAGCUCUGAGAGGAUGUGUCCAAUCUUCCAGAUCUCCAACGUGACGGGGGAGAACAUGGACCUGCUCAAGAUGUUCCUCAACCUCCUCUCCUCGAGAACGAACUUCAGCAACGAUGAGCCCGCUGAGUUCCAAAUAGACGACACAUAUUCAGUACCGGGCGUGGGCACGGUAGUAUCAGGAACUACGUUACGUGGAAUGAUCAGACUCAACGACACGCUACUCUUAGGCCCAGACCCGCUGGGCACCUUCAUCCCCAUCGCUGUUAAAUCCAUCCACCGCAAGAGGAUGCCCGUCAGAGAGGUCCGCGGGGGGCAGACGGCGUCCUUCGCUCUCAAAAAGAUCAAACGUUCGUCUAUAAGGAAAGGCAUGGUGAUGGUGUCCCCCAAGUUGAUGCCACAGGCCACCUGGGAGUUUGAGGCUGAGAUUUUGGUGCUGCACCACCCCACAACGAUAUCCCCGAGAUACCAGGCCAUGGUGCACUGCGGCAGCAUCAGACAGACAGCCACCAUCCUGACCAUGAACAGAGACUGUUUACGGACAGGAGACAAGGCCUUAGUUCACUUCCGCUUCAUCAAGACUCCCGAGUAUCUGCACUGUGACCAGAAACUGGUGUUCAGGGAAGGACGCACGAAAGCAGUGGGCACUAUCACAAAGCUCCUCCAGUCGGUGAACACUCAGGCAGCUAAGGCCCAGCAGGCGAAGAUGCAGGCCAGUAAGAAGACUUUCAAAGACGGCACAGCAGCCAGCGAGGAGGCUGGAUCAUCAGGACGGCCGCCCAGUCCCAACACAGCACAGCUACCACUCAAGUCUGGAGGCGGGGGACGCAGGAGAGGAGGUCAGAGACAUCGAGGGAAAGGCCUGAACGCUGCGACAAUCUCAACAGCCGUUCCUGCAGGAACAGCAGGCACCGCCUAAAAAACACAAACCUUUCUUUCCUCUCCUCAGCUGUCUGCUCCCUCCCAGGGAGGUGGGGGAGUGACUGCAUCAGCCGUCUGGAUGCACAUUUCUCCAGCAUCAUAAGAGAGUGAAGUUUGUUCCAUGUUUAGUCAUCUGGAAGCUUUAUUGUUGUAAUCACUCAAGUUUUAAUUUAGUUUGAGCUUUAUUUUAGUUUUCUGCAAUUUGAAGAUAACGUGAUGGACUUUAUAUUUUUCAAUUUCAAAGCAAGCAGUCGGGGAAAUCCAUGUUGUUCAGCAGAACUUCUUUGAUAGCAUUAACAGUGUUUCCAGCCUGCAGCGGCCCCCAGUCACUCCCCCUCCUUCCCUCCCUCUCCUCAAUCUACCGUUCUUCCUCUUCUUUUUCCUCAUUCUCCAUCCUUAUGUUCUCACACACCUAGCUUUCUGUCACAUCAUUCAAAGACAUAGAGUGUGUUCAAGUAGUGGAAAGUCGACCAGUGUUUUUCUUUUACAAAGCAACUUGUCGUUGAGCGUGGCAGUUUGAACGCACGUCGGGGGGAAAUUGGUUGAAGUGAAAGGGAAAUGAUGCCAAGCAGAAAUGAGACUUCCACUCUGUUUUUAAAGGAAGCUUGAUCAGCCUCAGAAUAAUCCAAAUAUGACUUUUUGGGAAGAUUCACGUCACUGGUGUUGCGGUCAUGUUCCAACAGAUCCGUGUCCGGUCCGUCUCCGAUCCGUCACUGCACUGGAUCCGAGAGGUUUCUACUCUAGUCAAUGUAUUAACUUCCACUGGAUCCGCUCCGUUGCACACAAGACUUCUAGUUUUGCUGGAUGCCGGAACGGAGCCAGGCCUGGAGUCAGAAGGUCAGAGGUUUCUCAGAGGCUGAUAAAGACAACGUGGAUAAGGAGAGGAGGAGGAGAAGGGAAAACCUCGGUCACAUGACUCCAGCUGUCUGGCGUUCCUGCUUCCUUGACCUCAGCGGAUCGGAGACGGACCGUAAACGGAUCUGGUGGAAGUCCCAUGUUAGUGGGGCGUCACCAGAAGUGUGGAUCUUUUGAUACUACUUGUUUAAAAAGAUAAUCUCUGUUGGUUUCACCUUUCAUACUUUUGAAAAAUAUGAAGCACAAACUGAACAAAUUAACCUACAUUGAGAUUCUCACCAAAAGGACACUAAGAACACGGGAAGCGAGCACAAAGCGACCAAUCAGAGACUUUAGAUCUGUGUAUACGCAGCAGUGAGGCUCCAGAGUCUUGCUUCCUCCUGACAGCCACCAUGCAACAUACAUUUUCUACUCCCAGGUUGGCUGACACCUCGUCACCACCGUGGUUUCAGCAGAGGUUUCAAGAGCUGCUUUUGUUUUUUACACUAGCAUCACUGAUGUGUAAAACGUUGGUGUCUUGACAGCUCUACGUAACACUGCCAGGGUUCGGGGUUAUUUUUCUACCCAAACCUUGUGGCUGUACUGACGCCAUCUUCAUCUCCUGUCUUUUGAAACAUCCACAAUUAUGGAGCGCAUACCUUCUCAUCCACUGGAGGUUAAUUCAGCUCUGGAAAGACGACUUCAACGUUCCUGCAAAAAAAAUAACAGGUUAAAUAAGAUCUCAUGAGAUCCAAAGUAUCUUAUAUUUAUGUUGCAAGCCACAAGACUUCAUCAUGUCUACUAAAUACCUCUCUGAAAACUAAACAUCAAUAAACCAGAGGCUGACAGAUCCAGAAUUAUGUACCAUUUUUAUGCAAAAAAACUAAACAAAACCUGAAGUUGUCUCACAUCUCGAAUGUCUAAAGCCAAGAAGAACAUUUUUAAUUGACAUAAAAAGUUUUGUACUUCCUUUUAAAUCAGAUUUCAGCUGCACAAAAACCCCAAACAUUUAAUGCAUCGCUUCAACCAGAGACUAAAUCUUUUAUACUUGAUCAGUUUGCAGAUCCUGAACCUCACAUGACUUCAGUUUAACCAUGAGACACAAGCGACCUUCAGUAAAAACAGCAUAGUUUACAAGGAGUCAGCAAUGCUUACAAGUGAGAACAUUUAUCACAUAAACUAAAAACUUAAUUGUGUUGUCAUUUUGUAUUUCAACAGACAACAUCCUGUUUCCCAUUCUUCUUCUGCUGGUUAAAUGAAGUUGUUCAGCGGUGCGUUCCCUUGUUCAUACUGAAAAGUAAACUUAGUAAACUGAUUGGUUUCUCCCUCUGGGGUCCUUCCCUUCCCUUCAUAUACAGCACCAUGAUUUCAUUCUGAUAUGAUUUUUGUUUCCUUUUCUUUUCAAAAGAUCUCACUGGUUUUAUUUUGAAGGGACACAUUUUUAGUGUGUAUGUUUGUUCUAAAGCUGCGCAGAAGAACUGAGGAUGAAAAAGAUGCCAUUUAAAUUAAAUGCUGCCACUUUGUGUUGUAAAUCCUUUUAAAUAAAGAUGUUCUAAAAAAGUUUA